CCUAUCGCCGUUUUCGCGUUCAUUUUCUUGGUGACGUGCUGGCAGCCGGUAUGUGAGACUCCUCAUCCGCUCUUGAAGAACCCAACCUAAACAUGGCGUCUGACGGUGACGAUAUUAUAACCGACCAGGAAAAAGUGCGAAUAGCGUCCGAUUUCAUCCUCCAUUCGCCCCCCGGUGAAUUCAAUGAAGUGUUCAACGAUGUCCGCAAGCUUCUAAAUAACGACGACCUUCUCAAGGAAGGCGCCAGUGGGGCUUUCGCCCAAUACAACAAAGAUCAACUCACCCCGGUUAAAAUCGAAAACGCCGAACACUUGGUGCUAAUCACAGAAUACAACGACAUAGGGAACAACAGGUUCUUUGACCCAAGAAGUAGGCAGAGCUUCAAGUAUGACCACCUUAGAAAGGAGGCUUCGGACUACCAAUCAUACACGCCGGACCCCCAAGCGGAGCCCUGGCGCACCGCGCUGGAUGCGGAGUUUAUUCAGUACACCAAGAACCAUUACAAGGACGGCGUCUGCAGCGUGUUCGGUCGCAGUCAGCCCGGUAGUCCCAUCACCUUGACCGCCUGCAUCGAGGACCACCAAUUCCAACCGAAGAACUUCUGGAACGGCCGGUGGCGAUCCCAAUGGGCAAUAACCCUGAACGGGUCGACGGCCGAAGUCCGAGGCAUCCUCAAGGUGCAAGUUCACUACUACGAAGAGGGCAAUGUUCAGUUGGUCAGCUCUAAAGAAAUCAAAGAGACGGUGUCGGUAUCGAACGAGGUGCAGACGGCAAAGGAGAUCGUUCAGCUGAUCGAGAACGCCGAAAACCUGUACCAAACCGCCAUCUCCGACAACUACCAGACGAUGUCUGACACCACCUUCAAGGCCCUGAGGAGACUGCUGCCGGUGACACGCACGAAGAUAGAGUGGAACAAGAUCGUGUCAUAUAGUAUCGGUAAAGAACUGAAAACGCAAUGAUCCGGUGGACGGAGUGUAACGAGAUCGAACAGAGCGGCUACCUUGCGCCUUCUUGUUAUCGCUUAGGAGUGUUGUGUACAUACGGCCAGAUCUUGUUAAGUUUAUGACGAGGCAGGGAUAGCCAGACUUCUAUUAGUCUAAUAACCACUUCUGCAUUUGACUACGUAGCGAUUAUUUCUGGUUCACGUGGCGAAGCCCCGGUUUUAGUUGUCUUCGUACCGUUUCCGUAUUGAGUCAAUUAUACUACACUUAGAUCAAAGAACCUAUUUUCUAAUGUUUUUACGAGUAUUAAUAGGAUUAAUUUACGUCUAUCCCUGUUACGGAAUGUGCAAUAUGCUCAGCACAGGAACCGUCGCUUACUUUUAGUUAUCGGCUUUAUUUUCUAUAUUAUUCUAAAUAACUAAUUAAUUCCUAAUUUUACGAUAAUGUAUUGUCUUCUUUAUUCAAGGAAAGAUUGGAUUUUUAUUUGUUAUUUUGUAUGUUGUACUAUAGGGAUUUUCCAUCUGUGUGACGAAUAGGAUUGGUCUAUAAGUCGCUAAAUUGCUGCCCUUAAAGAUGAAAAUAAUUUAUAUCUUGUUAGAGUCAACCGUUGUAUGGGUUAUUUUUAAAUAAAAAAUAUUGUAAGUAGAAAA